AUGGGAAGCAGAGCAGCGCCGCCGCUGGCUGGACACGACCCGUCGCCGGCCAUGGCGUCCUCCGCCUCCGCCACCGCCACCGCCACCGCCACCGUGAAGUCCGACGCUCCCUUCUGCCCCAUCGACAUCUCGUCCGAUGAGGACGACGACGUGAUAGUCCUUGGCUCCUCCAACAGCCGCGAGGAGAUGCAGAUCCAGCAGGCCAUCCUCCUCUCACUCGACCCCUCUCGCGACCAGGCCGCCGUCCCCUCCUCCUCCGGAACCGCCGUCGCCGGGACCUCCGAAGGGUCCAUUCCAGUCCGCAAGGGGAGGCGCAAACUAGGAUCGGAGCUGCCCCUGUUUCCUGUCGAUUCCAGCAGAUCUCCGUCGAAACCAGAGACGCGUCAAGUCAUCGACUUGGACGACGACAGCCCCCCUCAAGUGAUCGAUCUAGACGAUGAUGAUGGUUGCAGCUUGAUCUUCCUCAAAGACAUCGCCAGCGGCAAGAGGAAGCUGUUCGAGAAAGGCGAAUGCUCCAACAGCGCCAAGGGCUUCGACUGCACGAUCUGCAUGGAGACGGUUCCCGGCGUCGAGCGCUUCCGCAUCUCCGGGUGCCGGCACGCGUUCUGCGCCAGCUGCGUGAGGCAGUACAUCGCCGCGAGGGUCGAGGAGAACCUGCUGGCCAUCGGCUGCCCCGAACCGGGCUGCAAGGACGGCGUGCUGCACCCGGAGGAGUGCCGGCGCGUGAUCCCGACGCCGCUGUUCCACAGGUGGGGCGCCGCGCUCUGCGACAUGGCGCUAGGCGAGCUCAAGUUCUACUGCCCCUUCAAGGACUGUUCGGCGCUGCUGGUGGACGACGACCCCGGUGACGGCGACGCGGCGGCGGCGGCGGCCAAGGUGGAGUGCCCCCAUUGCAAGCGGAUGUUCUGCGCGAAGUGCAAGGUGCCGUGGCACGAGGGGGUGGAGUGCGCCGAGUUCCAGCGGCUCGGGGACGACGAGCGCGGGCGGGAGGACCUGCUGCUGAGGAAGGUCGCGCAGCAGAGCAAGUGGCAGAGGUGCCCCAAGUGCAAGAUCUACGUCGAGAGGGUGGACGGCUGCACCUUCAUCGCCUGCAGGUGCGGGCACUGCUUCUGCUACCUGUGCGGCGCUACGAUGGCGAGGACCAACCAUUAUUGCGCAAAGUGCAAGCGUACGUGGUGA